AUGUUUGCUGUACAAAUAAAUAAUGAUUUAGGUGAACCACAGCCAUCAGCUCAACGAAUUUUUCGAAAAUCCGCUUUAGUGUAUACACUGAACGAAACGUUGCAUGAUGAUGCUGCUUUGGCAUACUUUAUUCAGUUUAUGGAAGGAAUUGGUCAGCUCAACUUAAUUAAAUUUUGGCUGCAUGCUGAAAGUUUUCGAUGUUCGGCACUUGCAGCGACGAAUAAUGACGGGGCCUUGAUCACAAUGAUCAAAAAUGAUGCGGUUCAUAUUUAUUCGAAAUAUAUAAGUGAAGAUGCAUCCUGUUCAAUCAACAUCACUGACCAACUGCGGAAAAUAGUACUGGAGCGGAUAAAUAUUAAAAAUGGAUCAUUCGAUCCCUGUUGCUUUUCUGAUGCACAAACAUUUGUUUUGAAAGUUAUGGAAAAUCGGUACUUUAAAGAAUUUGAAAAUAGUGUAUAUUAUGCUAAGCAUCAUAUAGACGUUAUUAGCAGUGGAACACUUACGAUACAUGAUAUUAUGUUAUGCCAGCCACUUCUAUGCGCAUUUGUGGAGUAUAUGGAAAAUGAAGACGAGAGAAAAUUAGUAGAAUUUAUUAUUUCUGCUGAGAGUUUUGCUGAACAAUUACCGCUAACACAAAGCGACGAGCAGGCAGUUGAAGAUGCUAUGAUUAUCUAUAACAGAUAUUUUUCAAUGCAAGCAACAGAACCUUUGAAAUUUGAUUCGAAAACGCGGAUUCAAAUUGAAAGCGACAUUUGUUUAGGAAAUGGAAGACCUUCUUCGAGCUGUUUCGAAACAGCACGACUUAUGGCUUUGCGCAUUCUGGAACAAAAUUAUCUGAAACGUUUUUCUGCAUCGCCAGCAUUCGUAAAAUAUCUGCAAAAGCUGAUGGCUCAGGUUGAAAACAGUGUCGAACUGCCGAAUCAAAAUAUGAGAAAGCGAACACCUGGAACCAGUUCGGAUCAGUCGUCAGAUACAAGUACACCAUCAUCAUUAUUUGAUAAAAUAACAUAUCGUAAUUUGACUCAUCUUGAUCCGUCACUUUCUGCUGCAUUGUUACCACUGAAUAGGGAAGAAUGUGAGAAAGCUUCUCAACCGGAUAGUUCAAAUUUUUGUGGCACGAAUAUUCUUCGUAUUGGACGGUCGAGAGCGAACGUGUCAUUAGCUACAGUUGACGAUAUGGGCCGCUACCGACCGAUGUAUGAUAAUAGUUACAGUAUGUCUGAAAAUAAGGGAAAUACUCGGCAAAAACUUAAAAGCAAACUUGACAAGUAUUUGCAUUACUCUAUGAAAAAGGAAGCAGAAGUAGCGGACCAAGUGGCGCAACUUAUCGUUGCUGAUGUGCAUAACAUGGUUUCUGCAGGUAGUUCGAUAAGGCUUCCUGAUUCUUAG